AUGACGAGCGGCUCAUCUGAUCAUCCUACAGUCACCCUUGCCCAAGGCAAGGUGAUUGGAACCAUUCGUGAGGAAGCAGCUCCUCAAUCUGUCGAGGCGUUCCUGGGCGUGCCCUAUGCCCUCCCUCCUGUCGGCGAAAGGCGAUUCAAGCCUGCCGAGAGAGUUCCCGCCUCUUCGCAAAGCAUUGACGCCACCAGAUUUGGACCAGCAGCCCCUGGCAAAGCAUUACUGGCUGGUGGUCCGAAGCUAGAGCAGAGUGAAGACUGUCUGACUGCUAACAUUUUCCGACCGACUGGGACUGGCGAAAAAGACAGACUGCCUGUUGCUAUCUAUAUCCAUGGAGGCGCCUUCAACCGAGGUGCCGCUGUCAUGCACGACACUGGAUCGAUGGUGGCAUGGUCUGAAGAGCCAUUUAUCGGUGUUAGCUUCGGUUAUCGUAUCGGGGCAUUGGGCUUUUUACCAUCGGCCUUGUCCAAGAAAGAGGGCGUUCUGAAUCUUGGUCUUCGUGACCAGGUUCACCUAUUCGAAUGGGUGCAGGAAAAUAUCAAGAAAUUUGGUGGCGAUCCUGAAAACGUUACUCUUUUCGGCCUGUCCGCAGGAGCGCAUUCGAUUGGACACCAUUUGCUGAAGUAUGAUGCCCAAGCCUCACCAUUAUUCCAUCGUGUGAUUCUAGAGUCUGGAUCGCCAACAUCCCGGGCAGUGCGUCCCUAUGAUGCGAAAGUUCAUGAGCAACAGUUUCAAGAUUACCUCCAAGAAGUUGGUUGUCCAUCAGACAUCUCUGAAUCUGAGAUCUUCCCGUUUCUACGCUCAUUGCCUAGCUCAACGGUUACGAACGCGCAAACAAAGGUUUUCGAUAAAUACAAUCCAUCGCUUAGAUGGGCAUUCCAACCUGUGAUUGAUGAAGACAUCAUUCCACGCAAGCCGCUAGACGCAUGGAGCUCUCUUCUCUGGAAUAAGGUUCCCAUAAUGACAGGCUUCAACAGCAACGAAGGAACAAUGUAUGUGGACAAAAAAAUGUCUAAUCCGGGACAAUUCCGAAAAUUCUGGCAGGAUCUACUCCCUGAGUUAUCCAAGGAUGAUCUUGAUACAAUCGACCGCCUAUAUCCUGACCCUAGUGUGAGCUCCAGCUCGCCGUAUGUGGAAAGAAGAGAGGGUCAUGGCCUUGGUCCACAAUAUAAGCGAAUUGAAGCUGCAUAUGGUCACUAUGCCUAUGUGGCGCCAGUGCGACAAACAGCACAUUUUGCUGCUUCCCAGGGUGUCCCGGCCUACCUAUACAACUGGGCACUUCCAAGAACGGUGGUUGGCCGUGCGAAUCAUGGUGACAACAUGUAUUACGAGACAUACAAUAACUCUAUUACCGGGAUAUCUGAGUCUCAAAAAGAACUGUCUGGAACUUAUCAUGCCUAUGUCACCAGCUUCAUCACGAAAGGGGAUCCGAAUGCCAUCUCGGGCCGCCAUGGAGAACGCCCUAAAUGGGAGCCGUAUGUGCCAGACAAUAGGCGGAUUCUGAUUUUUGGGGAAGGAAAUGAGGAGCUGAUUGGAGGGUCUACUGCCCCUGCAGCCAAAUUCGUGAAAGAUGAAUGGGCAAGCGAGGAGACAGAAUUCUGGUGGUCGAAAGUACCGAUAUCGCAGCUUGCAUGA